GGCGACUUGGAGGUGCUCAGGAAGGCCUGAUGAGUUUUGAAGUUGGUCGCGUGGGACUAAUGGAGUUGUAGCAUCUGGGAAAGAGAUAGAGGGAGCCAAGUGACAGAACCAAUUAGAGGACAAAUAGUCGCGGACCGCAGAGGCUAGCAACCACCACCAACCGCCUCCCUCCCUUCACCCCUCCUCAUCCUACUCAGGCCCUCCUCCUCCCCCUUCUAAGCACUUCCUCCUCCUCCUCCUCCUCCUCCACCUCCUCUCUGUUCCCUCAUCCUUACCGGAGGUCCUCACUCACACAUUCUCUCGCAGUCGCUGAGGGGAAAACACGCACCUUUGGUAGGGCUUGUGGCGGCCGCCUCUCGUGACCCUCCUCCUCCACGUGGGAUCGCUCAGCUGCCAAACGAGAACUUAGUCUCUGGCCCGGUGGUGUGGAUGGUGGUGGACUUGGUGAACGCUCGAUGUACUAAACAUAACCCCCCGAACUUUGGUGAACUCCUCUUUCGAGCAAUGUCCGGACGAAAGUGAAAAACAACAGGGCUGCUGCUGUGGCAUUUACAUCCCAAAAACGCCUUUUUUUGUUUUCCCCUUUUAUUUUUCCCCUUCCCCUCUUUUGUUCUCGUUGGAGGCCCAUCAUACCCAUCUGUUAUGGAGACUCUGAUCAAAAUGGAAAAACCUGGUAGCCCCGAUAGUCAGACGCAGACCACGGCAUCCGUGACGCCCUUCUCCAUCACCGACAUCCUGACCCGCAUGGAAAACCGCUCCCCGACAGACCUCCGAUCGACGCCCGACCACCAUCGCGCCCUCGCCGACUUGAGAAGCUCACCCAGCCUGGGUUUCCGGCCCGUGUCGGUGCUCAAGUACAACUCGCCGUCGCCGAUGGACCUCUCCAAGGACUCCGGAGUGCAUCCCGAAGUGAGUUCCUCCAUCGAGCCGUCCUCGGGGCCCACCAGCGGAUCGUUAUCGCGGUCGGUGGACGGUAGGACGCUCACCUCCUCCCCAGAAGCGUUCAACCUCCUCGGGCGUCGGAGCAGGUCGACGUCCCCUUGCUCCGAGAUGAGUAUGGAGGAGGUCGAGAUCGACCACAGCGACAGAGAGGACAAUUCCCACUCGACCGAUCUCUCUAAAGCCAGUGCGCACGAUGGCUCCUCGGCAGACGGCAAAGAUCCUUCUGACGGAGAGCGGGCCCCGCGCAAGAAGAGGUGCCGAGCCGCCUUCAGUCACGCCCAAGUUUUCGAACUGGAACGACGCUUCGCCCACCAGCGCUACCUAUCAGGACCUGAGAGAGCGGAUCUGGCACAGGCGCUCAAAUUGACGGAACAACAGGUUAAAAUAUGGUUCCAGAACCGACGAUACAAAACGAAGAGGAAGCAGUUGGCCGCCUGCGAGACUCCGUCCUCAGGUCGUCGCGUUGCAGUUAAGGUGUUAAUGCGUGACGAUCAGCUGCUGCUAGGACCGGAGGAAGGCGUCCCUCGGCCGCCGCUUCUGCUGCCCUCGCUGGCUUCCCUGAGUACCCUCAGUUCGCUCGGCUCCCUGGGCACCCUGGGCAUCCCGCCUUACUGCUACUACCCUUACCUGUGCCCUCCGCCGCACAGCGGGGGCAACGGGCCCCUCUCCUCCCUCCCUCACCUCCCUCAGUUAUCAGCUCUCUCCCCUGCAUCCCUCUCCUCGCUUUCCUCCUCUCUCUCCUCUCUCACUUCCUCCCUCCUCCCGCCCCACGCCGCCCAUGCCAGCCAAAGUGCAACUUCCUCGCCCACGCCCUCAGUCUCCACAAGCGGAAGCACAGGAAGCGGAUCCGGGGGGAGGUCCGCCACACACCCUCCCUCUCCUCAACGACCCUGAAGAGGAGGAGAUAAGCUGCCGUUGUUCUUCGGUGUCUUCUGGCGCUCGGCCGUCUCCUCUUCUUUCUCCUCCUCAAUCUGCGACACAUUCUCGAGUAGUUCCUCCUCCUUUUGAAGAUUCCGGAACUACUUUCUCGCGCGUAAUGAGACCGACGGUUGUUGAGCAGCCACUUCCGGGUCACUAAGGAAACGAAAUAAAUAACAGUGUUGAAGAUUGUGGAAUAGUUUCCAUAGGCCCAAAGUGAUAACAUUAAUGUUUCAUUCUUCUCAUACGCAUUCUUGGAUAGUCAGUGAAAAGCAAAAACUCUUGGCUCCUCUGAAAAGAGAACGAAUGUACUUUACCCAUAAAAUGGUGCAAUCUAAAAGGAAAAACAGUCGAUGAAUUAUAUCCGUGAUCUACAUAUUGGUGCAUGAUCAGUUCCGUGGAUAAAACUAUAGCAUAUAGGCAUCAAAAGGUAGAAAAUACUGUGCGAAAAUAUAUAAAGGCUCUCUGAACUAUGUCAAGGUCGUCAUGAAAGAUUCCCUGCGAACAGACUUUCCGUAGAAUGAUGCAUUUACGUUUCAGAUAACUUCUAUCGCCACGAGAAAAUACUCCUAGACGAAAUAAACUGACUUCUAUGAAACUCUCAAAGGCCCAAGACAAGCCAAACCGAGCGAAACGAACGAAAAGACAAGAGACUUUCCAUACAAUAUCCAUAAUAACCCUUGGGUGGUUUUAGCGAAGGCAUUUGAAACAUUAUAGUGAUAAUCAUCAUAAGCAUAGCGUUGUAUUGUUAUCAUGUAGAGGCUUUGUUAUUGAUAUGAAUUUACGACAGGUCAUAAAAGUGAAGUGCUGUAUAAUUACAUUCUAGGCUGGGAUGAAGCGUGAAGGCCGUUUGCCUUUCUUCUUUAUUUCUUUUCAAAGUACACAUUCUCGGUGUCACCUUACAUACUCAUUUUGGAAUCUGGACCAAUAGGCGCGUAGGAAAAGUUAGCAAAUACUAUUGACGCGUUUUUAUAACGUUCAAAGGCAAUGCAGUAAUUGAUCAGUUAACCUCUCGAGUUGAACCGUGGAAAGAAACUAUGGAAGCAUAAUGAAGUCAUUCUUUUAAACUAUGAUUAAACAUUGCAUUUCAUUCAUAUUCAAUGAGAUUUCGUUUUGCCAUUAUUUCAUUGUUUUCUUCCUCACUUUUUGUCUUAGUACAGUCUUCGGUACGUUUGCGAUAUUUUAUGAAAAGUUAGUCAGCCACAAUGGAAAUGCCACGUGUUUUUCUUUUUGAAGUCUUAUUCGAAUACUCAUACAUAACUGGAAAUACUUACUGGGUUUUCAAUAAGUGUAAAUUCGUUCCUAAUUAGGAUAGAGAGAUGGUGGUAAUCCCUCGUCAGAAGUCAAAGGAAGAUGAUUUCAUUAAUGUCCAAAACAUUUAGUAAAAGAGGACAUAAUCCUGCUAACAGUGGUUUAAAUGUUGGUAUUUAUCAUUACGUAAAAAUUAUUAUUAUUAUUAUUAUUAUUAUUAUUAUUAUUAUUAUUAUUAUUAUUAUUAUUAUUAUUAUUCAACUGAUACGUGAGAACCUUUCUUUCACUUGCAAGUUAAUUGCACAUGGUGUGAGUGUGAGAUUGCAGGCUCCGCACCCUUGCAAUACUCCUAGCCACAGUCUCCCCAAGACUAGGACGCUAACCACCCGGCCAUGAGAAGAGUAAUUAUUAUUAUUAUUAUUAUUAUUAUUAUUAUUAUUAUUAUUAUUAUUAUUAUUAUUAUUAUUAUUGGCAGACUUUAAUGCAGAGUCGUCACAUCUUCAGUGAACUAGGAAGUCUAGCACUCUUGUACAAAGAUUAAUUUUACGCUAUGUAAAUAUAUAUAUGAUGUCCAUGUAUAAAAAUAAGUAAAACGGUAGGUAUAACUAGUACUGUAAAGAAAGCUGUUCGU